AUGGAUAAGACCGGUUCGCGAGGUCUUCCACUGGUCUGGGAUCUUUUCUUUCUGAAGGUCGGAUGUCAUGUGCUAAGACUACAUGAGGUGGAUGGUCACCAGUCCGAAGAAAGUGUUGUGGAACGUCCGUUUGGACCGAAUUAUCGCGUGGCAAGAAAUCAGAGCGAGCAAACUGUGACGUAUCCACAAUUUGGCGCAUCGGACGACGAUCGAGUAGCAGAAUUGGUUCAAGCGGCUAAACAUCGGGAAGUACAAGUGGCAUUUAAGCAUCGGAUACAAGGAUUCAGUGGUUCAGGAACAACGAAGAGACAGGCGACAGCAUCAACGCCACGACAAGAGAAACCAGUCUCCGUCGUGCGCGGAAAGGAAAAAGCGAGGGUUAAUCACAAACCGAGCUCAACGUCAACAACGACUCAUCAGUUAAACAACCAGCAACCAGAACAAAGCGCUGCGCAUAUCGCACAGCUAGAAGACGCAGUAGCUGAACUCCAUUCGAGGUACCUCGGGAAAGUAGCGGCACUACUAGAUUCGGGUGCCGAGUGUUUCUUUAUUGAUCAGAAGCUGGCAGACGAACUAUGUCUACCAGCCUUGAGUACAACAACUUUGCGCGUACGAACUUUCGGAUCAGAGCGUAUACAGGUAUGCACGAGUCGUAAGGUACCGUUGGAGAUAUGGGACGAAGAAGGAGAGCCAUGUUCGUUAGAAUUUCUCACCCACAGUACGCUCACUAGCACUUUGCGAACUCCUCCAAUGCUAGAUGAAGAUGUCGCGUUUAUCAAUGAACGCAAUCUGAACGUCAAUCUUAUGCAAGCGCGUACAGCUACUAAGUCGUUGAUUUUAUUGGGAAGCGACCAACUAUGGCAACUCAUAAGAGAAAAUCAAGUUCACGUACGUCUUCCAUCAGGCUUAUACUUGUUACCGACCCGUCUGGGACACUUGUUAACAGGACAAGUCCAAGCGACACGGCAGGUUACUCAAGUGCUGAAAAACGGUAUGCUCUAA